ACUGACUUUGGCUUGUCGUAUACAUCGAAGAUCGAACUUGUAAACUGAAUUCUGGAGAGAUUGUUUCCCCAUAAUAUCUGUAUCAAGAUCAAGUACCAGAUCUUGAUGACGCCAAUGUAUCGAACAGUUUCAAAACGGGAUAUUUCCCCACGUGUCUUUCAAGCCUUGCAAAAUUUGGAUGUGGAUGGUUUAUCCGAGUGCACUGAAGAAGAAAUUCGAGCUGUUAUGCCAUGUUUGGCCAGAAUGAGUUUGAUCGGUCCUUUGGACCAGUCCCCUGAAUGUGCUCUAUCCAGGAGAAUGGUUUUCAAAAUAUUAUCAGGACGUGAAACCGUCAAUUCUAUAGUUGGUUUGCUUUCAAUUGAUUUCCACGCCCUUGAAGUUGAUGUAAAAAAAGAACAAACAUUACGGCAAAAGCUUGGCAACCAGACAGAAGAUUCUGCCUUGAUUCAAUCACUGUCACAUAGUUAUGCUCUCGAGUUUGAGAAGAGUGAUCCUACCAGAAGGUUGAGGUUAUUUCUCAGUGAGCUUCUUACACUUAUGGCACAGAGCAAAGAAAUGAAACCUGAAACCACCUACAAAAGCAGUGAACUGCUGGACCAGGAAAUUUAUUUCGAUGAAGUAGCCGAUGUUCUCUGUGUUGCAUUAGCAGAAUUGACAAUCCUUCUACCCAUAGCAGAAGUUGCAGAGGCCCUCCUAAGAACACUUCAUGGGCCAUCUUUUAUUUGUCGGAUAGUGGCUAAUAUGCCCGACACUUUUAAUGAAGUUUGUCAAAGUUUGAUUAGCAAUGGUGAAAGAUAUGAAGAGGAAUCCUUUCUAGGAAGGGCAAGACUAGAAACACUUAGAUCCCUUUGUAGGAUGUGUCCAAAUCAAAUGUUGAUGAUUCGGCUGAAAUGUGUGGAGAUGUGCAGAAUGCCAGCACUGGCAGUUUUACUUAGUUUGGAUUAUGCCUCUUGCCAGAAACAGAUCAAAGGAGAUAAAGUUCAAACUCAGUUGGGAGAUGUUGUACCAUUUAUAUCUGGUCUGCUGUUGGGAGGAGAUGCAAAUAUACGAACAUGGUUCUCACUUUUCAUCAGAAAUGGACAAAAGCGCCAUGAUCGCGCCACGGCCUUGCAAACAUUGCGCGAAGAGCUCCUUAGAAGCCUACAGUCAUUCGUUCACAUGGCGGCUGAUGAGCCAUUACCUGACCGUUGUGCCGUUGAUGCGUCAGCUCUUUUACGACUUUAUUGUGCCUUAAAGGGGAUAGCGGGAAUGAAGUUGUACGACGAAGAAGGUGUUCUUUUACUGCAAUUGAUAACCUGUCGGCCACCACCCACUGAGGCCGGUCUUCGUUUUGUCGCUUUGGGCCUUUGCAUGCUGAUGGCCUGUCCGUCUCUCAUCGCCCUUCCUGACCAGGAACAACGUGGAUUCCAAUGGGUCAAGUGGUUGGUAAGAGAAGAGAGCUAUUUCGAAAAAUCACCAGCGUCCGCUUCUGGCAAGUGUAUGGAAACAGCCCGCAGUAGUUUUGGUGAAAUGUUAUUGUUAAUGGCAAUCCACUUUCAUAGCGGCCAGUUGAGCGCCGUUUGCGAUCUGGUGUGUUCGACACUUGGCAUGAGGCUGUUACUUCGGCCUGCCUCUACUGCUCGUAUGAAGGUAGCCUUUACUCAAGAUAUAUUCCCAGAGCAGGUUGUUACCUCCCAUGCUGUCCGUGUACCAGUCACCCCCGGUUUAAACGCGGACGUUGCUGGUUUUCUCCCGGUUCAUUGCAUCUAUCAAUUGCUGAAAAGCCGAGCUUUUAGCAAAUAUCGCGUACCGAUUAAAACUUGGGUUUAUCGACAACUGUGCGAGAGUCGUCCUCCAUUACAUCCACUACUUCCUAGCCUAGUUGAGGUCUAUGUUAGCUCAAUUUUGACCUUAGCUCCACCGAAGAACAACCAAAACCAAUCGGGAUCGACUGGCUCAGUCGAUCUUGGCCAUGAUCCAAUCAGUGAAGAAGAAAUUCGAAUUGUUUUCGCCAACUCUUUUUCGAAAAACGUUCGCCGAGGUAGCACAGAUGUGCAGGAAUACUCUGUCACGGCCCAGCUCCUGCUUUUAUAUUACGCUCUCCUCUAUGAAGAUACGCGAUUGACGCAAGUAAAGAACUAUUUGAUAGCCGGUAUCAACGUCAAAUCAUAUUCGCAGUCAUUUUUCGCCAACCUGCCUAUUCGAUAUUUGAUUAGUCAAGCAGAAAAAGAACAACAUCUGUAUGCGGGACUCUUUUCUCCUUUGCUACGACUGCUAGCUACUCAUUUUCCCCAACUUUGCUUAGUAGAGGAUUGGAUGUAUGAAACGAGCGAUAAUCGCCUUUCAUCGUUAUGUAGUCCACAUGGAUCUGUUCCAUCUUGUUCAUCGCAGACCGUUAGUCAAGCUUUUACCGACCUAGUUGGCUGCCCAGCUCCUGCUAUGCUUUUGAUGCAAAAACUCUUGGUGAUGCCACCCAAGUCAUUGUGGCAAAUUGCGCACACCUUCAUCUCCCACUUUCGAUCUAUUUUGGGUGAAGCUGUUCCUAGACAAGUUCAGGAAAUGUAUCGACAAGUGUGGUUGAAACUCAAUUCGAUCCUCCCACGGCAGUUAUGGGUAAUGACGGCCAAUGCUGUCCGGCUACAGCUUUCGCUAGAGGAUUGUCCACCGCCUACACUAACGCAGGAUCACUUGACGUUCGAUCCGCUUCACGUAUUGCGAUGCGACCCACGCGUCUUUCGAUGCCCACCGGCCAUGCAAAUUGUUUUGUACAUGCUCAAAGCAUGGUUAGGCGCAUCACGAACCCAUUUGUCGCGCCAUUUACUCGAUAAACCUCUUUGCGGUCCAGUUGCUGCCCAAGGCCCUGGUAAUUUGGCAGGAGUUACGUCCGAUAGCGAGCGUGAAGAACUCAAGAUGGCCUUGAUCGCUGCUCAGGAAAGUUCCGUUGUUCAGAUCGUUCUCGAGCUCUGCCUGCAAACCGAUGAGGACGAGGCAAGCGACCAAAGGCUUUCGGAGUUACGCGAGAUUCAGAGCAUUGUUUGCUCGUUCCUUCAUCAGCUUUUUAUUGCUGAUCCGAAUUUGGUCAAAUUAGUCCACUUUCAGGGUUAUCCAUCAGCUUUAUUGCCGUUGACGACACAAGGUAUCCCUUCGAUGCACAUUUGCCUUGACUUUUUACCCGAACUGUUGGCCCAGCCCAUUAUCGGAGACUUGGCCAAGCAGCUUUUUGCUGUUGAUCUCAUUUCACAUCUGUGUUUGCAAUAUGCGUUGCCCCGGUCUUUUAACGUGGCUCGUCUGGCAGUCAACACUCUAUCAACGCUUCUCAGUGUUUUGCCGAGCAAUGGGAGGACGGAGAUUUACCUGCCUGCUCUUCCUGCUCUUGUGAGGAUAGCCACUGCCUUCCCACCGUUAGUGGAUGAUAUCGUGAGCUUCUUAGUUCAACUGGGUCGCGUUUGUCUGUCGCAGUCUUGUCUGCACGGCUCAUAUGAUCACCGCAUCGUCAGCUCACUUCUUCGUCAACUAGAUCAAGAAAUGGUCCUUGAUGAGGAAGAACAAAAGGAGGAAGAAGAAAGUGUUCCAGUGAAAAUCAAAGAAGAAGUCGUAGCACUUCCACAGGACGAUUGUCCGAUGGAAGUGGAUGUCAAGAAGGAGCGUGAGGAAGGUGAACUGGAAGAGGGCGAAUUGCCAGAUGCGAAAAUGAAUAACGUGCUCAGCAACUCGAGUGCAUCCGUCGAUCGUAUUCAAUCAGACAACGAAACAGUGAAAUCGUUCGAUUUUGCGACCUCCACGGACCUCUCUGUACCUUUCACACCAACACAAAUCCGCCAGCUCUUUAAAUUGCUUCCGGAAUCGAGCUUAAUGGGUGCUGAAGUAUCUCGGACAUUUUCACAGCUAUGCAACAAAGCCAUUUUACAUAAAACAAUCUACUAAGAAUAACUCAGCACAAUGGAAAGAAAUGAAGAAAAUCUGCUCUUUUAAGGAUCCUGUUACUUCGUCGAGUAACAAGCGACCGUGUGUAUUGUAAAGUAAAUACAAUCAAAGAGUAUCCAAAAAAAACUGGAGGAGGAAAUUUUUUUUCUCAAGAACAUGAAGUGACGUGUGCUCUUCUUCCGACGAAAAAAAAAUGAUAGUGACAAACUCGCAAGAAACUUGGGACAAGAGGGAGAAAUGUUUUUAAAAAACCGCACCGAAAUGAACGUCAACUGGCAGAUUGUUUUAUGGUUGCGGUUGUGCUGAUUUACCAAACUUGUUACGCGACCCAUUUACUAAAUUAUUAAGAAAAAAAAAUUGAGAGGAAAGUAUCAGACAGAAGCAUUUCUUCCGCGUUUUUCAGCCGUCCUUUUUCCCUAAGGGAAAGGUGAGUGAAAAGAAAGGAUAGAAUAACUCCAGCAAAAUGAAAAAAAAAAAGGAUUUUUGUAAACAAUCAACUCAGUCGUCCUUUAAGAUCUACCAGACAUACAAAAGAAAAAUUGGUUGAUGGAUUUUUGUAGAAGGAUCCGGAUGAUAUCAAUACAGCCAUGAAUUGAGAAAAAACCAAAAAUAAA